AUGCUCUUAACCCACUACGUGAUCUGUUCAUGUAAAUCUUACUGUAUUCCCAAGCAUUUUGAUCUUCAAGAAAAGGCUAAGGCUAAAACAGACAUCAGCAAAAUCGACUGGGACUUCUGCGUCAAAUACAACAGCCUCCGGCCAUCUAAUGCAUUCCACUGUAUAUAUUGCGACAUGUAUAUUCUUGACUACCACCAUCAUUGUCCGUAUCUUGGGAUUUGCAUGAGCAAGAAGAUGAUUAGGUAUUUUAAGGUGUUUCCGGUCAUUCUUAUCGUGGUGUCUCUCGGAGUGUUAUGUUGCAUAAUUGUGCGAUGCAUAAACCCCGUUUUUGGCGUUAAGACCGUUGUUAGACUAUGA